CAGACGAUGACUCCUAACUCGGCUAUUUUUAAAUUCGCGUAUUCAUAAAGCGGGUCAUUUAAACAGACUCUAUUUUCAAAUGUCAAACGCUUGAAUUUACAUUUUUAUUUUUCUUCAUUAAAUUGAUUUUCACACGUAUAUAUAUAUAUAUACAUAUAAAAAGAGCAUUACCUGCUUCUUUCAUAUUCCUAAUUAAGUUUUACAAAAGAUCAUUAACUACUUAUCUACGUGUAACAUUUUAUAUAAUAAGGUUUUAAAUAGAUCCUCUGACCCACACAGUUUAUUCGGUAUCCGUACGUCGUGUUAAAUCUCUAACAGCAAAGUAAAUUACAUUUUCACAUGGCAAACAUGUGCGAACUAGAAACGUCACUACCGAUAGAGGACUUUGAAGGACUUAUAAAACAAUCUCUUGGUUCUGGUGUAAAAAUAAAAAAUGUAACAUGGAAACAUUUAACUGAUCCAGGAGAAAAUUUUGGCAGUUUGAUAUUGGGUGUUACCAUCAAUACUGUAGAGAAUUCUUCUUCAAACGCAUUGAACGUAGUUGUAAAACUUCCACCAAAAUCCGCAUAUCUUAUGGAUUUAUUUAACAGUCCAUUAACAUUUAAAAAGGAAUUAAAGUUUUAUAGUGACAUUGUCCCGGCUUUAAAGGACAUUUACCGUUCGUAUAAUUUACAAGAGGAAGUAUUUGUACCACACUUCUUUGGCGGAAGAUUAGGCUUAAAAAAUCCUAAUGAAUUUGAUUCUCAGGCUGUCAUCAUUUUAGAAAAUCUAGUAUCAUCCGGUUAUUCGGUACAAAAUCGAAUUAUAGGAAUGGAUAUAGAACAUAUUAAAUACGGUGUUAAAGAAUUGGCAAAGUUACAUGCAAUGAUCAUCGGUUUAAAAGUAAAGAGACCAGAUUUCUUUGAAAACUCUGUACUACCGAUUUUAGUUUCUCCAAAUAAUGAAACUGCCGUAAAAUGUAUUAUGGAUAUGAUUCAUAAAGCAAUUGAUGAUUUAAAACAUUUAGAAGAGGCUAAACCAUAUAUGAAAAGUAUUGAAGCUACAUUAAAAUCUACAAACAUGACUGAUAUAACUAACGAAGACGAUUUAUGGAAAACGAUGAUACAUAAAGAUUUUUGGGUGAACAAUAUGUUGUUUCGUCAUGAUGCUUCUGGACAUAUAACUAGUAUGAAAAUAGUUGACUUUCAACUUUGCAUUUAUAGCUAUGGCGUAGAAGAUCUUAUAUUUUUUUUAAUAUCUAGUGCUAAGAAAGAAGUUAUUGAUAAUAACUUAGAUGAUAUGAUUGAUUUAUAUUACGAUUCCUUUAUCGACGUUUUAAAAAUGUUAAAAGUAGAUACGGAACAGUAUAGUAAAAGUAAAUUUCUGGAACUGUUGAAUAAAUGUGCACCUAUAAAAUUUUCACAAUGCAUUAUGAUGGUGCAAGUAAUACAAGCUUCUCGUACUACUCAUUCUGAGGUGAAAAAUAUGGAAAAUACUGCAGAAUUGUUUAAAAGAGAAACAAGCAAAAUAGGCAAUCAGAAAUUGUUACAUAUAGUGGAGACAUUUGCAAAAAAAAAUUGGUUAUUAUGAUAAAAUUAUAUCUGAUUUAAAUUAUAUUUUAAAUCACGAUAUAUUGUAGUUAUAUACAAUAAGGAAAAAUACUUACGUAAUAAAAUACUAGGACAUUAAUAUUAUAUACUAAACAAAUUGAAUUUCUAAAAGAAAUUAUACUUACUUCUAAAAUAUCCGCUACUGCAUCUGGUAAAUUGAAUUCUCUAACGACCCUUAGGCGCACUUGCCUAUUAAUUUCGCUUCUCGAAGAUAAAGGUAGAUCUAUAGCUCGUAGACAACUUGGGGAUUGCCUUAAUUUUUGUUCCCGUUUAAGCAUUGCAGCCAUUGUUGAUGAAUCUGGCACUAAAUAUUUUACAUAAUGUAGUACAUUUUAAAUAUAGUUUAUUUGUAAAAAAGAAAAAAAAAAGAAAAAAAAGAAAAAUAAGAAAAGAACUAUAUACAAUGUAUAUAAUACAUUCCUAUAAGAUUUGUAUAGAAUAUUAUUGGAAAUUAAUUAAUAUAUAUUGAAAUAUAGUAUUUAAAUAUAUUAUUUUAAAAUAUCAUAUAUAUACAUAGUCUACUUAAUUUGAAGUAAAAUCGAUACAAAAAAAAAAAAAAAAAAAAUUAAUAAUAUUUAAAAAGAUAAUAUAAAUAAAUGGUAAAUUAAAUACCUGGAAAUGCAGCUGCAAGAACAUCUACGCCAGCAGUGCCCAUAGUUCUUGGUUUUUCGUCAACCAUAUAUAGCGCAUCCGGUAUAUCCGCAACAUAUCGUGUUCUUUGCAAUCUAACAAGAUCCGUAUCUUGGACUAUCUGUUCUUCGACUAAAGACUAAAAAAAUGUAUGAAAUGAUUUAAUACAUAUUUAAUAAAAAAAAGGUGUACAAAUUUU